AUGGAGAAUCAGGGCGCUUACCCGGAGUCUAUGGAGCAGGACGAGUCCUACCCAUGCAAGGGCUGUGGAGAGACCCUUGAAGAAGGAAAAGCAUUUGAGCUUGCUGGAAAUCGAUGGCACAUCGACUGUUUCCGAUGCAGUACAUGCAACACUCUACUGGAUUCGGAUGCGCACCUCCUCCUUUUAGGCGACGGAUCACUUAUAUGCAGUAACUGCACAUACAGUUGUAGCUCAUGCAACAACAAGAUUGAGGAUUUGGCCAUCUUGACAGGAGACCAGGCUUUCUGUGCUCAAUGCUUCCGAUGCCGGAAUUGCAAGCGAAAAAUUGAGAACUUGCGCUAUGCGCGUACUUCUCAGGGUAUUUUCUGCAUGGAAUGUCACGAAUCGCUAAUGGCACGGAGGAGAAAACGGAAAGCCGGCGGCAGUAGUGGGAAAAAACCAGCAGCACCAAAUGUGAAGCUGGACAAAUCUUUGCCCUCGUUGCCUCCCCACCUCCUUGAAGAAUCGCAAAUAAACGAUGAGGAGAACAGCGAAUAUACAGGCACGCCUGACCCUAGUAAAAUGGCGGAAACGCCCGAUCUAAAUGAUGAAAGACCGGGAAGCUCAAUUUCAAAUCAGCAGGCUGAUUCAGAUAAUAUUCUUCUUCCCUCCAGCACAUACCGCAGCAAUCGUCAAUCAAUUUCACACAACACCGAUGCAGAUGCAGAUGGCGGUGAACUGUUAAUUCCUCUUGCCUUUGAUCCUUCAGCUGAGGGUAAUUCCUCCCGUGGUCACUCACAGACACGACAGGAGCCUCCGGGCGACUACUUUAAUCAAGCGUCCCACGACGGCCGUGAAUAUCGACAGGAACCUCCUUCUCGAACAUCUUCCGAUAAUCAUUCUCCCCAUAUUGCCUAUCAGGAGAAAGGUUGGGAACAAAACAACUCAACUUCACCCGAUAAAGCACCAUUACCAAGCUCCGAUUCAUCCAAGCCUGCAAAGGGUCGCCACACUCGUAGCUCAUCCGACAUACCAAUCAGCUUCAGAGAAACUAGCAACCUUUCUGGGCCUACUAGCCCCGACAGCACCAGAUCAAAAGAAUUCUCCGGUGACACAAAGCGACACAUUCCAAUGGAUGACUUCACUUCGGCUGGAGCUCGUUCCUCGAAUGAGCUUCAUCGUCACGACCACGGUUCAAUGGACUUGCCGCGCUCUCAACCCUCCAGCUUGCCGUAUUUGCCAAAGCGCGGCGAUUCACUUGAAAGCAAGCUUCACCAAAUUCCGAGAAAAGAGGUCGGAUCGUCACCUGCAUCGUCGCAGUACGGGGACUUGCCUAUGCUCCGUAGCGACACUUUCGAACAGCCCAUUCAGCAUACUGCCUUGAACACCUCGCCACAUGAAUCACACCAUUACGAUGGCGCCGGCACAUCGCCCGUGCUACGGUAUGGAGCUGACUUGCCUAUGGACGAGGGAUUAUCGCGCAUCAUCGGUGGCGAUGACACCGUUGGGCAAAACAACGAGUCAUUUCUGCGGCGCGUCUCAAACUCUGUCCGCCAUGGUCGAAGCUACAGUGAGAAGAGUGUGCGGAUCAGCAAAGAUCUCAAGAACCCUCGAUCACCUACCACUCGAAGCAUCGCCGGAACAGAUGUUGGCAGCCCCAUCACUGGAUCACAGAGUGAAGAGAUCUCUUGGCUUCGCAACGAACUGCGCAAAGAACGUCUGCGAGUUGCAGAACUCGAGGCAGCCGCUCGUACCGCCGCAGAUGUCAAGCAGGCUAACACCGAGCUUUCUGAGAAGCGAUCUACCAUGGUUGUCCUUGACGCUCAGCGCGAGAUUGUUCUACGUGAGCUCACGGUUCUCACUGAUCAUAUGGAGGCUGAAAAGCGUGGUAGCCCCAGUGGGCCAUUGGACCUCGGCAAGCUCUCCAACCAUGUGCUGCGCGAGCUGGCUGAGUCCAUUCAAAAGCUGAAAGACUCGUUUGCCCCACAAAUUGAAGACCUUAUGCAGAAGCGCAAUGACCUGUCGGAGGAAGUGGAAGCCAUGAACAUUCGACGGGAGAAGAGCUUCCAGGAAUUCGAGCAAUUGUCUUCGAAGAACGCACAGCUAGCUGAGUUGAAUAAUCAGUUGGUUCACCAGAUUCAGGAACUCUACAAAGCCACGGACGGUCAACCGCGACCCAACGGCCUAGGCAUAUCGCACAACAAGCAGAGAUCCACAACCUCCAUUGAGGUCAUGAAACCUCCCUUCAACGACUAUCACGGAUCUACUCACAUUUCGGAAGAGUCCGAGUCUGCUACAGCCACUGUCGUGCCAGGCCCCCAGGUUGUCAGCAUUCGCAAGGGCCAGCCUCGCAAAUUCAACUGGAAAAAGGGCGGACAGAACGUUGCCAAAGGUGUCAAGGGUCUUAAGGGGGCCUUCAUGUCCAGCGAAGGAGGACAGGGACAAGAGGGUGGCGGUGGUAUACCGCGUUCCCAGACCCAGGACCCGAGUCGCCAAGGCUUUGGGUUCUUUGGAAACCAGAGAGGCAAGCAGGGAGGAAAGAUGUCCCAAGCUGACAGCGUGCCCGUGUUGAUUGAAGCUGCCCCCGAUGCUCUUUUCGGUACCGAACUCGAGGCUCGCCAGGAAUACGAAAAAGGCAUGAUUCCAGCCAUCGUCACGCGCUGUAUCCAGGAAGUUGAACUGCGAGGCAUGGACAUGGAAGGAAUUUAUCGCAAGUCCGGUGCCGCUUCCGUCAUCCAAACCAUUCGCGAAGGCUUUGAACGCUCUCCAUUUGAUUACGAUAUCUCGGAUCCCGACCUCGAUAUCCAUGCUGUUACAUCCACUUUGAAACAGUAUUUCCGAAAGCUUCCUAACCCCUUGAUCACUUACGAAGUUUAUGAACUUGUGAUCGAUUCCGCCGAGGUUAACCCUGUGUCCGCGCGAAUUGAACUCAUGCAGAAGAGUCUCCUCGAGCUGCCUCGCGUGCACCGCGACGUCCUGGAGUUCCUAAUCUUCCAUCUCAAACGCGUUGUCGAUCGCCACGAAGAGAAUCUGAUGACCAGUCAGAAUGUUGCAGUGGUCUUUGCGCCGACAAUCAUGCGACCUGAAAGUCUCGCUCGUGAGAUGACUGACGUCCAGAAGAAGAAUGACGUUCUCAAGUUCCUGGUGGAGAACUGCCAGAAAGUUUUCCAGGGUAUGCAGAAGGGCCAGGGUACGCAGCAGGGUCAGGGUAUGCAGCAGGGCUAG